AUUCACACCGGUGAUUUCACCGUAAGUUUUCCUAUUUUCACAAUAUUUUUUUACAUUCAUCGCCUACAUUCUAGUUUCUGUUCGUGGGAUACUUAGUAAAAAGUUACAUUGACAUCAUAAUGGCUAACUGGGCAGCACUCGGUUCCAUCAUUCUCCCCAAUGCAGGUGGCUGGGCCAAUGGUAUUUACUUUGCGGGUCAGAUCCGUAAGGAAAGUGAGAAGGCUUGGUAUGAUACACUAAAGAAGCCAUCAUGGAAUCCACCAAAAUGGGUAUUUGGACCAGCAUGGACGGUGCUUUACAGUGGAAUGGGCUAUGCUUCAUACUUGGUUUAUGAGGAAUGUGGAGGAUUUACAGAUGAAGCCAUUCUACCCUUGUCCUUGUAUGGAGGACAACUUCUGUUGAAUUGGGGUUGGACGCCUAUCUUUUUCGGUCUUAAAGAUUUUAAAUUGGCGUUGAUCGAAAUAUCGGUGUUGAGUGGUGCAGCUGCUGCUACCGCAGUUAGCUUCUCUCGAGUCAACAAAACAGCUGGAUUGCUCAUGCUACCGUACCUCGCAUGGCUCGCAUAUGCAAGCUCCAUCACCUACUACAUAUGGAAGAACAAUCCCAAGGAGAUCAAAGACGAGAAGAAGCAAUAGACAUGCACCAUAAAACAACGCACAUAUAAUAAUCUUGCAUCUUAAUUACUUGAAUAAAUCGUGAAAUAUUAAUAUAGGUUUAUAAUAAGAUUUAAUCAUUGCAUAAAAACUUAAAAAGUAUUAAUUUAUGAGGACUUGUUAAUAAAACUAUAUACUUAAUAUUAUAUAUGUUUUAUUUUUAAUACACUGUUUUAAAAAUUAAACAGAUAUAUAUUAUAUAAAUUGAAGUGCAAUUUGAUUUAUAAUUUUCAUAAUAUUAUCUGUGACCAAAAUGUAUAAUUUAGGCGGGAAAUAUAUUCAUAGACUUAGUUGAAUAAGUGUUACUUAGAAUAGAGAAUUGAUAAGAAAUGGUAUGGUGUAAUGACUUUAUUAUUUAAUGGAUAGGUAUUUAAUUAAUAAUUUUAAUUAAAUUAUAUUAUUGACAAUAAUAAAUAUGGUGUGGAAUGUAUUUGAUGCAUAAAAAAAGUAUUAUUAUAUAAAAAGGUCACAAUGAUGACGAUUAAUUAAGUUUCAAAAUUGAGUGAAAUAUUUUGUGUUUAUAAACCAUUUCAAUAAGAUUCUCUAUUCUGAGGCAAAGUGUCCUUCAGUUGAUUGCUUCAAUAAAUGGGCUUUCCUGGACUGUUGCAUUUAUAAUAAUAUUUUUGUAUCUAUAAUAAUUUGAAUGCUUUCCUAAUGUUGUUUUCAUCUUUUUGAAUACAUUUAUUGUUUAUGUUAGUUAAUAAAUUAUAUAAAAAAUUUAA